UUCAUUUAUUGUCUGUGGCACUUAGUCAAGAAAAUCCAUUUUCACAAAGACGCCUUUCGUGUUUUCAUGUUAAUUUCCGACAAAACUGCUGAUUUUUGUAUUUUUUGUAUCAGUGAAACAAUCAUUCCGUCCUCGCACAAUAUACAGCAAGUACAAAAAACAAUAAUGAGAUAAUACCUAUCUCAUGAGCGCGGAGCGGAGCAGUUACUUCAUUUAUAACUUGCGGAGGCGAGGCGCGGCGGCCUGGAGAGACCAUGACGAGACCCGGGCCUCCCAAUGAAAAUUUGCCGACCGUAAAACUGGUGGUGGUGGGCGACGGCGGCGUGGGCAAGAGCGCCAUCACGAUCCAGUUCUUCCAGAAGCUGUUCGUGACGGACUACGACCCCACCAUCGAGGACUCCUACAUCCAGCACACCGAGGUCGACGGCCAGUGGUGCAUCCUCGAUGUGCUGGACACGGCGGGGCAGGAGGAGUUCAGCGCCAUGCGCGAGCAGUACAUGCGCAAGGGCGACGGCUUCCUGCUGGUGUACUCCGUCACCGACCAGCAGAGCUACGAGAACAUCCGCCACUUCCACACGCAGAUCCUGCGCGUCAAGGACAGGGAAUCCUACCCGAUGCUGGUGGCAGCCAACAAGGUGGACCUCGUGCACGUGCGCGCCGUGAGCGAGGAGGCGGGCCGCGAGCUGGCGCGGCAGCUGGGCGCGCCCUACAUCGAGACCAGCGCCAAGGAGCCGCCGCUCAACAUCGACGCCGCCUUCCACGAGCUGGUGCGCAUCAUCCGCAACCACCCGCAGCAAGAGGAGAAGCAGCGCCGGCGCCGCAAGCUGGCCGCCUGCACCGUGCUGUGAGCGCCCGCGCCGCGCCGCCGCUGUGACGUCACGCUUCGACGCCUGUCACCUGUCGCCUGUCACCCGUCACUUGCCGUUGACAUAACCGAGCGCCGUGGCUCAACGAGGUAAGCCAAAACACAUCGAGUGUAAUUUUCUUUUAGGAUUUUGACAUAUCUGUCAAUGUCAUGUCAAAAAUAACCAAUCAUGCAGCAUUUGGACCUCGCGUCUACGUAUUGCCAUCUGACGGAUUUUUCAAUCGCGAAAACCCUCAUUGACACUUCACGACUGUAUUCUGCGAUUUUGACAGCAGGUAUCUUAUUGUUAUUGUAUGUGAACUGGGCUAUGGCAAAGGUAUUUGGUCCCACUAUAAUCAAAUUAAGGGAAUUAAAAUUUAAGGCCAAUUGAAACCGUUAUAAACUAUCAUGAUCGCGAGGACACGAAUUGUCGGCGAUUCUCUUUUAUUUUAAUCCAUCUGUAUAUUUGGUGGAAACCGUAUACGU